AUGGCAGUUUGGUUAGCAGCUAAAUCAGGGCAAUCAUUCGUCUCAACCCUGUAUCAAUACACUGAUUUGCAGCAUGGAGAAGUAAUGAGUUCUUGUCGGUUGGUGUGGGUUAAAUACCUCCCCCCUAAAGUCCAAUUUUUCGGUUGGUUAGCUUGGAAGCAUAAGGUGAAAACUUCUGUUUUUCUGAAUAGAAUAGGUGUGCUGAACGCUAGUGCUGGAACUACUUGUCUGUUCUGCAAACAAUCCCAGGAGACAGUAGAACACUUGCUAAUCUUAUGUCCUAAGGUAUGGAGAGUGUGGGCUGGUCUGUUGCAGUGGUGGGGAGCGCAGUGGGUGACACCUAGAUCUGUUGCAGAACUUUUGCAGUGGUGGGCAGGUAAUAAAUGCACCAAAGCUGAAAGGAGAAUUUGGGAUGCAAUCCCUUUGGUGGCUCUGUGGUCAAUCUGGAAGCAUAGGAAUGAAUGCCUUUUUCAAGAUGUCCAACCUAACCUGGAAGAGAUGCAUGAAACUAUUGUCGUUAGGACUACAAUAUGGCUGAAAUCUGAUUCAAGGGAUUUACACUAUCCAAUCACUGACUAUGUGUAUAAUCUGGUGCAAAUUAGAAGAUGUUUGGGUGGGAGGAUGUAA